CCUUGCAGUGGAGGAGAUUGGCCAGUUAGAGGCUUUUUCUUUUCUUUUCUAAGGCAGCUAUUUAUUGCUGCAUUUCAUUCCUGAAUGUGUUGCUGGAGUCCCCACCCAGAACCGUCCCUGCCAAGCCUGAAAAGAACACACACAACCCUGUUCUCCUGGCCUCCGUUCAGACGCAUGUCCUCCCAAACCCCAGAUUCGAGCUCCCGAGGUCAAGGUUCUUCUCCACAAGAAAGCUGCGGACCCCAAACUGCUCUGCACGUGGACGGGAUGAGAGCGGCAGUUUUGCUUCGCUUGGUGCCGCUGGUCUUCGCCGUGGUGACCACCUGCGUGUUCAUCAGCACCUAUGUCGGCUUCAGGAUGAGAACCAUCCGCGUGCCCCGAUGGCUGGGCUUGGCCUCCAAGGAGGAGACCCGAGUCCCGAAGUUCAAGUGCGGCCUCAGAAAGUCCUGCCCCACCGACUACUUUGCAUUUAAAAUUAACAGCGGGGCCGCCAAUGUCGUGGGACCUUCCAUGUGUUUUGAAAACCAAAUGAUCAUGAGCCCUGUGAAAAACAACGUGGACAGAGGCCUGAAUAUCGCUCUCAUCAAUGGCACUACCGGGGUCAUGGUGAAAUACAGCUCCUUCGACAUGUACUCUGGAGAUCCCGACCAUCUGGUGAAGUUCCUCAAGGAGAUCCCCGAAGACAUGCUGGUGCUGGUAGCCUCCUACGACGACCCGGGGACCAAGCUGAAUGACGCCAUCAGGAAGCUCUUCUCCGACUUGGGGAGUACCCAUGCAAAGCAACUUGGGUUCCGGGACAGCUGGGUCUUCCUAGGGGCCAAAAACCUCAAGAAUAAAAGCCCCUUCGAGCAGUGGUUAAAGAACGUCCCACAGCAAAACAAGUACGAUGGGUGGCCUGAGCUGCUAGAACUGCAGGGCUGUGUGCCCAAGAAGGUGUUUUAGGCCCGGGGUUUUAUGGAAGAAGCUCCUGCCUGACCAAGGAGCCAGGGCCCGGAGGUUGGUCAGCUGGACAAGCUACCGAGCAGACCUGGGGAGAGGAGACGAGCUUGGUGGUUGAUGUCCGUGCUCACUCUGACGAAGCAUCGCCCCCGUUUCUGAAGCCAAGCCCCCCCACUGGGCUGGGACAUCCUGCUUGGGGGGAGACCAGCCUCCCAGGGUCCUUCAGAGACCACCUGCAGCUGUGAGAAGAGGUGGGCUUUCCAUCAGAGAAAAGACUGGCCCCACAGGAGCAAAAUUAAAUGUUACUGUUGCUGA